CUGCUUUACCUGGCUGUUGCGUUGAACCUGCGUUGGAGUAGGGCUAUGGAGAAAUGGCAGCAGACUGGCUUCAAGCCCUGGAGCCCAUGUUUAUGACUGCAAGAAGUACUGUUCUUGUAAAGAAAAAAGACAACAACCUGCGGCAAGGGGGGGUUGCUUUCAGAAAGUCCCUAGCUGGGCAAGUAACAGCUGCAGUGAUGGCUGCCAUCGAUGCUGGGUACCGCCACUUUGACUGUGCCUAUGUGUACCAGAAUGAGAAUGAAGUUGGGGAAGGGAUCCAGCAGAAAAUCAAGGAAGGUGUUGUGAAACGAGAGGACCUCUUCAUUGUCAGUAAGCUGUGGUGCACAUUUCAUGACAAACCUCUGGUGAAGGGAGCCUGCCAGAAGACCCUUGCUGACCUGAAACUGGAUUACCUGGAUCUCUACCUCAUGCACUGGCCUCUUGGGUUCAAGGCAGGAGAGGAGCUGUUUCCCAAAGAUGACAAAGGCAUGUCAAUACCCAGCAACACAGAUAUUCUGCAUACAUGGGAGGCAAUGGAAGAGCUGGUGGAUGCUGGUCUGGUAAAAGCCAUUGGUAUCUCCAACUUUAACCGUGAGCAGACUGAAAGAAUCCUGAACAAACCAGGACUGAAACACAAGCCUGCAAAUAACCAGAUCGAGUGUCAUCCAUACCUUUCCCAGGAAAAGCUUAUCAACUAUUGCCAAUCCAAAGGGAUCACUGUGACAGCAUAUUGUCCCCUUGGGCGCCCUGACAGGGCUAAACCAGAGGAGCCUUCCCUUCUGGAUGACCCCAAGAUCAAAGAGAUUGCAGCCAAGCACAACAAAACCCCAGCACAGGUUCUCCUUCGCUUCCAGAUCCAGAGAAAUGUGAUUGCAAUUCCCAAGUCUGUCACACCACAGCGCAUUGUGGAGAACUUCAAGGUGUUUGACUUUGAAUUGACUAAAGAGGAGAUGGCAACACUUCUCAGCUUAAACAGAAACUGGAGGAUCUGUGAAAUGAUCACGUGCAAAAAUCACAAGGAGUACCCUUUCAAUGCAGAAUACUGAAGAUAGUUUUAUCCUGUCCUCCUGCAGGCAUCUGGGGUCUAAUGAGCUUCUACCACUGCCUAGAGUUGUCCACUAUGUAGCUUGCACACUGUAUCUCUCCUGCCAGCAAAGGCAUAGUAUACAUAUUCAGUGACUUUAGGUUUUUCUUCUUUGGUGGAAGGAAAUAGUAAAAUUGUUCUAAAGAACAAAACAUGGGCUAUAAUAAUUCUCUACUCAUCUAAUGAGUGUCUCUGCAUGGCUGAAAUAGUAAAGCAGAAAUCAUGAAGAAUGAAUUAGCAACUGAUAUUUUUAUCUUCUGUCUUGCAUCAACAUUACUUAAGGCUGCAGGGUAAGGGUAUGUGAGCACAGAAGAAAGAUCUACCCUGAAAGAAUGAACUAUAUAAUCACUGCCUGAAGAUAAGAGACAAUAAUUACCUUCACUUCUAGAGCACAGCCCAAAGCUUUCUUGGAAAGAAGAGUAAAUGGGAGAAAUAUUCACUACACAUGCAUACCAACUCAUACUGGGCCUUAUUUCAGUUGUAUGUUCUUACAGGCUGAAACUGGACAGAGAUUAGUGUUCAAUUUUAUUCCUAUCCAAAAUAAAAAGUGUUUGGAUUACUAUUGGUUUGGAAGUUCUAGUCUAAUGUGAAAAAAAUGACAAACCAAGCCACUUGGAUUAACAAUGUCACUGGAAACCAUCAUCCAUAUUCAAUUUUAAAUGAUAUCACAGGACCAUCAAGAACUCGUCUUGAUCAAAAGUUGCAUAACUUGGUAUAAUAAGCUUUGGCUGAGCUGUGCACUGCUGACAAGACGCAGUCAAGUAUGACAAGCCUUAGUAUGGACUGUGGAUUGACAAGCAACAAGAGACCAACACCUGAAAGAGCUGGAAAGCUGUACAGUGGUAUCAGUGGACUGAUUUGGUUGGUAAUGGUAAGUGGGACAGGUCUCUGUUAACUGUAACUGUAUGUAUGAGUAAAGCUUGGCCCUGACAAA